GCGGGCGCAGGCUAGCCUCGCAGCACCGCGCAGCCUCGCCAGUGUCGCUCGGCCAGGGCAGGGAUGCGGGCACAGAGCAGUGCCGCCCCCAACAACGAGCAGUGUCACAGUGACGGCGACGUGACGGCCAUGCUGCAGUGAGCUGCCCGUCGCGCGACUGGACUGACAUCGCCUCGGACCGCGUGACGAACCUCGUGACAACCUUCGUCACCACCGCGCCGCCGUCGCCACCAGCCCGCAACAUGGGGGACGCAUCACCAGACAAGAACUUCAAGAAAAAGCUGAUCGACAAUGUCAAGAAAGAGGUCAAGCAGAUCAUGGAGGAGGCCGUCACCAAGAAGUUCGUGCACGAGGACAGCAGCUCCGUCACGUCGCUGUGUGCCGCCGUGGAGGCGUGCCUGAGCCAGGGGCUGCGCCGGAGAGCCCUCGGCUUGUUCAAGACUUCUUCGACGACGGCGCUGCUGCAUAAAGUUGCCAAGAACUUCGCGCCGGCCGAGGUCGUGUCCCGGCGCGUGCAGGAGAUCGAAAACUCGGACCCCACUCGGACGAACGCCAACGGCCGCAAGCCGCGCUCCUCCUCGAGCGGCGACUCCACCAGCAGGCCCGCCAAGCCGCCCCUGCAGAAGAAGAACUCCUCCGGGGCCGUGCUCGCCUCGCCGCGCUACCUGUGGAUCCGCCUGGCCCUCUUCGAGAAGCACCUGGCCAAGAUCAUCGACCACCUGGUGCAGAACAGCACCAAAUACUACGAGAAGGACUCGCUAGUGGCGGACCCGGACUAUGGCUCCAUCCUCAGCUCGCUCUUGGUGGGGCCGUGCGCCCUGGACUUCUCCCGCACCAAGACCCAGGACCACUACUGGACGGACCCGCCCGCCGACGAGCUGGUGCAGCGACAUCGCAUCUCCAGCGGCCACAACACCCCGCCGGCGGGAAGGCGGCCCGCGCUCCACUUCCGCCGCUCCAUGCACGGCGUCAGCUCGGAGGAGAGCCUGCGGCAGGCGCCCAAGGACUACGUGGAGUCCCUGCACCAGAACAACCGGGCCACACUGCUGUAUGGCAAGAACAACGUGCUCGUCAUGCCGCAGAAGGACAUGCCGGAGCCCAUGCCCGGCUACCUGUCGCUGCACCAGACGUUCCACUCGCUGACCAUCAAGUGGACGCCCAACCAGCUCAUGAACGGCUACUCGGAGGCCGAGGACAAGGACAAAAGUAUCUACUGGGACUACGCCAUGAACGUCAAGGUGGAUGAGAUCGUCUACGUGCACUGCCACCAGCAGGGCGACAACGGCGGCACGGUGGUGCUGGUGGGGCAGGACGGCGUGCAGCGCCCGCCCAUCCACUUCCCCAAGGGCGGCCACCUGCUGGCCUUCUUGUCGUGCCUCGAGACGGGGCUGCUGCCGCGGGGGCAGCUGGACCCGCCGCUGUGGUCGCAGCGCGGCAAGGUCGCAGAGUUGAGGGAGGAGCAGGAGGAGCGGGAGAGAGAGGGCAAAGUGUUCCCGAAGCUGCACCGCCGCGGCCGCAACCAGCCCACCACGCGGCUGGAGGACUCGGACGAGUCCACCGACUACGUGUUCCGCAUCGUGAGCAAGAGCAGCCACGAGGACUUCCUGGCGGGGCAGGACUUGCUAGAGCCGCGGUCCUGGACUGACGCGGUGGGCCAGGCGCUGGGGCAGGGCGCGUCGCAGGCGCGCGGCCGCGUGCGCGCCGCCCUGGCGUCCACCUCCACGGCCUCGUCCACGUCCUCGUCCAAGUCGCUGUCCCUGGAGCCGGGCGGCGUGAUCCUCGCCGCGUCGCAGGGCUCGCAGGGGUCGCAGGCGAGCCAGGACCUGCCGCACGCCCCCAAGCUGACGACCGGCGACUCGAUCCAGCUCGUGUGCGACACCAUGAAGAGGCAGCUCAUCUCGCGCGCCUUCUACGGCUGGCUGGCCUACUGCCGCCACCUGCGCACCGUGCGCACGCACUUGUCCGGCCUCGUGGCCACCGCCAUCGUGUCCCCCGACGAGCCGUGCGACGCGCGCGCCGGCGUCACCAAGGAGCGCUGGGCCGAGCUGGGCUGCCGGGAGGAACUGUUCCGGCUGGCCUACUUCGGCGGCGUGUGCCACGACAUACGGAAGCAGGUGUGGCCCUACCUGCUCGGCCACUACGUGUUCGGCUCGACGGCCGAGGACCGGCGCGCGCUAGACGCCACCACGCGGCAGAACUACGAGACCACCAUGUCGGAGUGGCUGGCCGUGGAGGCGAUCGUGCGGCAGCGCGACAAGGAGACCAUGGCGGCCAACCUGGCCAAGCUGAGCUCGGAGAGCACCUCCGGGGAGGCGCCUCCGCCCACGCCCAACCUGCAGCACGACCUCAGCAACGACGUGUUCGAGGACAACGUCAGCCUCUCCGACGACGACAACGACCCCGUGGUGGUGGACGGCGAGGACGGUGCGGAACAGAACGACACUUCCGACGCCCCCGAAGCAGUGUCCACGGCAGCGGCGGCGGCGGCCACCGUCGCGGUGGCGCCGACCGGGGCGGAGAUGACGUCGGCGGCGGCCGUGGUGGCUGCGGCUGGGGCGGCUGCCGCGACCACGACUGCCACGGCUGCUGCAGUGGCGGCCGAGGCACCGACUGCUGGCGUGGUGGAGGGAGAGACAGCUGCUGUGCAGAACGGCGAGGUCGAGGAGGCCGAGGCGGAGACUGUCCCGGAGGCGCAGGCAGAGACGGCGGCGCCGGAACCAGAAGCGGAGCCGGACGCGACCGAACCGGGCGAGGCGAAGCAGAAUGGAGCGGAGGAGCCGGCCGAAGGGGUGCCGGAGACCGAGGCUGAGAAGGCUGAGCAGGCUGACCAGGGGGAGGAGCUGACGGAAGCCGCCAACCUGGCCGCGGAAGCGCGUGACUCUGCCGAGGCGCCGCUCAAGAACAACUACGCCGCCGCCAACGCCAAGAUCGUCAUGACCAAGCCGUCCGUGGACGCCGUGCCCGAGACAGAGAAGCCCGAGGACUCGGCCAACAAGCUGGCCGGCACGAGCCAGGGCCAGGGCAACCGCUCCAACUGCGUGUCGCCCGCCUCCAGCCAGGGCGGCGUCUACUCGACCGAGCUGCUGGAGACGUUCGGGCUCAACGUGCACCGCAUCGACAAGGACGUGCAGCGCUGCGACAGGAACUACUGGUACUUCACGGUGGACAACCUGGAGAAGCUGCGAAACGUCAUGUGCACGUACGUGUGGGAGCACCUGGACAUCGGCUACAUGCAGGGCAUGUGCGACUUGGUGGCUCCGCUGCUGGUCAUCCUGGACGACGAGUCCUCCACGUACGCCUGCUUCUGUCGGCUCAUGGACCGCAUGGGUGCCAACUUCCCCAACGGCGGUGCCAUGGAUACUCACUUUGCCAACAUGAGGUCCCUGAUCCAAAUCCUGGACUCGGAGAUGUUCGAGCUGAUGCACCAGAACGGCGACUACACGCACUUCUACUUCUGCUACCGCUGGUUCCUGCUGGACUUCAAGAGGGAGCUGCUGUACGACGACGUGUUCAGCACCUGGGAGACCAUCUGGGCCGCGCAGCAUGUCGCCUCGUCCAACUUCGUGCUCUUCAUCGCGCUGGCGCUCGUGCAGACCUACCGCGACAUCAUCCUGUCCAACUCGAUGGACUUCACGGACAUCAUCAAGUUCUUCAACGAGAUGGCCGAGCGGCACGACGCCAAGGCGGUGCUCGCGCUGGCGCGGGACCUGGUGCUGCAGCUGCAGACGCUCAUCGAGAACAAGUGAAGGCGUGUCUGCGCCCUGACCUCCGUCACCUCCGUCGCGUCGACCCGUCUACUGCGGUGGCUGUAGCCUCGUCCCUUCGUGCUGCAGCUGUUGUCCUCCUUCCUUUUAACUUGUUAAAAAGUGUUUGUUUUUCGUUUCUUUUAAAAUAACGUUUGCUGAGGAAAAUUAUGAAGGCUACAUGUCUGUGUGGGACAUAUGCUUUGAGACCUCUGCUGGCAGAAGUUUCUCAAGAAGCAUUGUAAAACUUCCUGUGUUUUGAACAAGCCCCUCUUUGGCGCAGGAUGGCUUAUUUUGUGAGGGUGGUGGCUUUCUAAGUGCGUGCAUUAAAGGUAUAUUUCUUUAUGUAUUUUUUUAAACGCCCCAUUUGAUGAAGUUCGAAAAUCCCAUUAAUACAUGGUAAACUGAAACUGAAAUUCGGUUGAUUGGUAGAGUUUACUUAGUCAUAUUUGACUUUCUCAUCAUUAUCUUAGCUAUGCAUUCAUUGGCCUGACUUAGCAGCCUCACUGCAUUUCUGAGAAAUCCCCAACGUAUCUGUGUUCCUGAUUGUGUUUUAAGCAGGUUAAGAUGUUGAUUUAUCCUUUAGCCGGCUCACUUCUUAUGUGUGUCAAAAUCUCUUUGAAAAAUAUUUUAUUUUUUUGCUUGGACAUUUGCUUGUGGUCAACGGUGUUCUGCGUUGACCAUUCACUGCUCCAUUUGAUUAAAUUAUUUUUGAUACCAAACUACCUAUUUUUAGUUCACUUUUAAUUUGUGUGUUGCUGUCUUCUCCGUUGUUGUUUUUGUUUUUUUGACAAAGUUGUCUGUUGUUGUUAUGUUGUGCUAGAUGUAUAUUGAUCAGUGCACCGCAGUAAUGAUGUAAGAUUGUUAUCCUUUCUCAGUAAUUUAAGGAAAAGAUAUUGCUAGAAAUAUAAAAAAGUAUAUUUCUUUGAACUAUUAUUGAACUAUUAUAAGAGUUAAUGAAAUAUUAUUUUUUACAAUGAUGUUAAAGCAUUUUGUUUCACUGGAAGUGUUAAGUAUAUUAAGGUAGCUACCCCUUGUUAAACUUCUUUAUUUUUUGACUCGAUUUGAUGUUUGUAUGCCAAAAUAGUCAAUUAGAGAAUUAUUUUCUAAGGAAAUACUGUGAUUGUGUAAAUAAUUUGUAAUGCUAUUGGCAUGCAUUUAUGAAGUAAUUGGAUGGUCAAACCAAUUGCUGUGGAUUUCGUGCAGAGACUUAUUUUCUCGGUUGUGUGUUACAUUAUUUUUUCAUUAUUUUUUUUGCUUUGGGUGCCAAUAAGUGUACAAAUAGAUAAGCUGAUUUUAACAUACCUUUGAAGUAUUUCCUUAUCAAUUUUGGCGGCUGGCCGCUAGGUGGCUACAUAGAAUAUCAUCAUUCACUUUCCAUCAGAAUGUGGGCUGCUCUGCAUUGUCCAAAAAACUUUAAACUUAAAAUUCUUUUUCUCUCUGAAGUAGUUCCUGGCCAAAGCCGACUUUUUUGGGGGCGUGCCAUUCACUUUUACUCUAAUGGAAAUAAUUACCGCACAAGUACCUUAUGUAAAUAAUAUGUACUCAGUAUGGUGCAUACUUACUUUAUUCUUCUAUUCUCCCAGUGUAUACUGUUGCUAUUUAUUCAGCUGCUUUCUUGUCUAUAGUUAAUGUAAGCCAUUGUUGGGUCAUAAUGAUCUUUUUAUAUGACUGAAAUACGAAAUUCGCAUUGGUUAAUUGCUGCACAUAGUCCCGCCCCCGCCCCAUACUUCUCAUGAUGUUACAAUUUGACCUGAACGAUUUCUUUACUAUCUUCGUUCUCUUUAUCUUCAUGUAUCAUAUGUCCGCCACUUUUUUUCAAUACCGAUAGUGGACAUUUUGUGAAAAACAGCCAUGCUGGUACAACAUUUGUGACAAUCGGGAUGUCUUGGGAACGAGCAAGUACAACGUAUGUGUGCACAAUGUUCCACUUCUCUAAAGACUAAUAAAUCAUAUCUUGUUAUUUUGUA